UUUUUGGCAACACAUUGUCAAUAAUGAGAAAUUGCAUAUCGUCUGUUUAUUUAAAAUAUUUUCGGUUUUAAUUUGAUUUUUCUAAAUUUAAAUAAUUAUCAUGAAGUGAUGAUUUAAAGUAAUUUAAUUCGGUAAUUCGAGUUACUUUUCUGAGAAAAACCGAUAAUUUUAUAAAUUGUGUAAUUGUUUUCAACAAGUGUGCGUCACAAUUUUCCGCUAUAAACUAUUUAUGACAAAUAAUCGCCUCCCUUUAUCGAUACCAGAAUGUCAAUAGAAUCUAAUAACUGGGAAGAGUUAAGACGACAAGCAAGGCAGUUAGAAAAUGAAAUUGAUUUAAAGUUAGUAUCCUUUAGUAAAUUGGGCACUAGUUAUGGCAGUCAAGAGUAUCAUAAUGAAAAUAGUGAUACUGUACCUUUGUUGAGCAGUACAAACAGUGAUCAUAUGUUUGAAACUAUGGCAUUAGAAAUUGAACAACUGCUAUCUAAGCUGACAGAUGUGAAUGAUAAAAUGAUAAGUUACUGUCAAACUCAAGCUGUUACUGGUUCUACUGUUGCUCACACUUUACAACGACAUCGAGACAUCUUGCAAGAUUGCACGCAUGAAUUCCAGAAAACUAAAGCCAAUAUCCAAGCAAGAAAAGAAAGAGAACAACUUCUGAGCUCUGUGCGAAAAGAUAUUGAUGCUUAUAAAAGUUCAUCUGGUCUCAAUAGACGAACUGAUUUGUACCUCAAAGAACAUGAACAUCUCAGAAACUCAGAAAAAAUGGUAGAUGAUCAAAUUAGUAUUGCUGUUAAGACCAAAGAGGAACUUUUGAAUCAAAGGAUUGCAAUGAAAGCUAUACAAACAAAAAUGACGACUUUAGUCAAUCGUUUUCCAAUCAUCAACAGUCUAGUUCAAAGAAUAAAUUUGAGGAAAAGAAGAGACUCCAUUAUAUUGGCUCUAGUCAUCAGUGGUUGUUUGAUUUUAUUCCUUAUAUAUUCUUUCCACUGAUACUGUAUGUUGAAUUUUAAUCUAAUGUGUAUGAUUUAAUCCUUUUUUGAGAAGAAUGUGUAAGAAUGUUGACUGUAUUUCUAUUGAUAUGUGUACAAAGAGAAGAAAUUAAAUGGUUUCUAUUUUGCUUUA